GAGGCUUGGGGCCCGGGCGGCUGCGGCGGCGGCGGGACAGGCGCGUGGCCGGGUGCAGCGCGAUGAGUGGGGCCGGAGCCGCUCCGGGGGCGGCGGGCGCGGUCCGGGGGCUGCGGGUGGACGGACUGCCCCCGCUGCCCAAGAGCCUGAGCGGGCUGCUGCACUCGGCGUCGGGCGGCGGCGCGUCGGGGGGCUGGCGACACCUGGAGCGUCUGUACGCGCAGAAGUCGCGCAUCCAGGACGAGCUGAGCCGCGGGGGCGCGGGCGGCGGCGGGGCCCGGGCCGCGGGGCUGCCCGCCAAGCCUCCCAACCUGGACGCCGCGUUGGCCCUGCUCCGCAAGGAGAUGGUUGGCCUCCGCCAGCUGGACAUGUCCUUGCUCUGCCAACUCUACAGCCUGUACGAGUCCAUUCAGGAAUAUAAGGGAGCGUGCCAGGCAGCCUCCAGCCCGGACUGCACCUACGGCCUGGAGAAUGGCUUCUUCGAGGAGGAGGAGGACUAUUUCCAGGAGCAGAACGCCCUCCACGAUGGGAGGGAGCGGGGCCCUCCACGGGACCUGCCGCUGCCCGUCUCCCCGCUCUCCAGCAGCGACUGGAUUCUCGAAUCCAUCUAGAAAGGGCUCUCCGCCGAGAGGCCACUGCUGCUCUCGGACCACCAGCAUUUAUUUGCCUCUCCUCUUGAAGAAAGCUCCUCUCCUCCAUCAUGGGCGAUCGUCGGGCACCAGCGGCCGGUGCUGUCAGUUUAAUCUGGAGGACACACGCGGCGGGGUGUUCUGGUGGCCGGAGUUUGUGUCUGGGCGAUCCAGAGGUGCCCAGCCACAUCCUCGGCUCCGUGGUACUCAGGCACA